AGACCGGAGUCAACUCCAAUCCGACUCCAAUAAUUUCGGAUCCGACUCCGGAAGGUAGGACCGCCCAGCACUAUCCGGAGUCGUUCGGAAUCGUCUGGAGUCGCCCGGAGUCUUUGGGAGUCACUCAGAGUCGAAGUCGCCCGGAAUCGGCUGGGCUACGAAGUUCACGCGCAAACUGAAAGACAAAAAAACACACCGAAAUGAAAGGCCUGGUCAUAAGCACAUUAUUCUGGCUCCAGUUGAUUCUGACCGACUCUGACUCCGACUCCGGUCGACUCCGAAUGACUCCGACUUUGGUCUUUUAUGGUUCGGACAAGGUGCACAAUUGAGACAGAAGACAUACAUUAUUAUCUUUGGUAUAAUACACACACUACAUAUUCUAAUACAAUUAAAGUGACGGGAAUCGAUGUGUGUCGGGUCGUAAGCCUAUGAUCGAGUGCCCUUCUAGGUAGCCCGAUCGCUCCCGAAGUUCUUAACGACUCCGGGCAUCUCCCUCCGACCCUGGCGACUACGACUCCACCCAUGUGCCACAAAUCCACUAAACGACCACUAAACGGUUUCUAAAUCGGAAUCUAAAAUGACUUCGUUUAGCAGACGGCAAACGACUGAAGCAUUUUAAAAAUAGCAAAAAAAGCUGGUUUCGGAAUCUGUUGGUGGGAUACCCAGCCAUUGGAGCUUUCCUCGCUUGAAGAGCUUUCUCCUUCCCUCUGCACUAUUAUAUGGUUUCGCAUUGAAGUUAUGCAUCGCUAGAGCUAACGGCAAUAUGAUUGUUUAAAUCGAAACCGUUGGCACCGAAACAAGUGAGAUUUCAGUAAUGAUCGUUGGUAUUGAUACCCACGUAACUGACCACAGGGAUUAACCAUAUAGAUUUUUGCUCGGAAUGUUUGAAGGGUGUAUGGACCGUUAUUAGAUGAACUUAGGCGUAACAUAUUGCAAGAAAGAGACAGCUAUACAAUAUUGAGUUAUAAAACGCCAUCUAUGGUACAAACCACUGUAGCCUAAGGAGCUUUCGUUUGUUUUUCUAUCGAUAUUUGAUUUUUUAGUCGUUUAAGCUUAAUCUGUGGCGCUUGGACAGAUGACUUCUACUCCCAUUUUACCGAAGUCGGAAUCGGACUUACAAUAAUCGGAGUCGGAUCCAUCGAGCACAUCACUAGUCUGAACAUGCAACACAAGCGAAACUUCUAACGGCCCAUUUGAAUGGCAUCUACCAUACACGCACACCAUCAAAUGUAGUGAAAUAUUUCAUAGCUGUCAACACGGGAGCGCUUUGUUUACAAACAACUUCCAGCACAAUUCGGCAUUGCCAGUUUUUCGUCUGCUUGUUUCAGCAUGAACUAGAGAAGCACCGCAAACUGUGCCCGCCUGUGGUUUCUGAGUAAAAAGCGAAUAAUGUCCUGCACCUUUUCACAGCAAAUGGCGAACAGCUCCUGCUUGACGUGGCUCAACUUUCGCGAGCACAUGCUAAACACCUUCUGCGGAAUCUACCGCACGCAGCAGCACACCGAUUGCCGCUUGAUCGUACCCGACGGUGAGCUGUACGCGAACCGUCCGAUCCUGUGCAUGGCAUCCAGCUUCCUGGAGACGAUUCUGGACGGUCUGCCUACCAUCGGUGCGGAUAUGGUAACGAUUGUAAUACCGGACUUGACGCUAGCGACGUUACGCGCCGUCCUGCAGUUCAUUUACACCGGGGAGGCAAGCGUACGGUCGGACGAAAUGGCAUCGUUUGUGGAGGCCUGCAGCUUUCUGCAGCUACGCGGAGUGCGUUUUAUCGCGAAUCAGAUUUUGGGCAUACGAUUCGGCAAGACUGUUGGUAUGGUGUCGGAGGAGCUUAUUCCUGCCAGCGAAGGUUUGGAAGCGACGGCAUGCCCAAGGGAAGAACUGUUCGUAGCGCAAGUGGAGGACCAGGCAGAAGAGGAUGAGGAAGAGGAGGAACAAACAGAAAUGCCCAUAACACAAUCACAGGUCCAACCUGUUGAAUGCUUCAUUCCAGAAUCGAGCGAAUCAGUCCAAGAACACGUUGAAAGUAAUGAAAUUGUUCAAGUCGUGUUGAAUAUCCCAUCAGACGCGACUCCUGCCUGCGAACGGGAAACCUCUCAAUGUGUAGAAAUUCCACAGGAACGGUUAACGCAAGCAAUUGAAGCAAUUAUAAAGGACCACGAAAGCUAUGAAAUCACAUCCGUUCCAUGUGCAAUCGACACCACCGUCCCCACCCCGUCGGAAACAAAUACAACGAACCGUCCGCCGUUCGAAGAUGAGCUGGAACAAGCAAACCCCGAACCACCACUAUCCGACCCUGCCAGUUACGAUGCACGGCUUGCGUUAGCGAUGGAUGCAAUCCUUCACCACGGCAUUAGCUACCGGAUUGCCGCCAGGCAGUACAGCAUCGCUAAAACGAUACUGUGGCGCAAGGCGAUGAAAAUGCCGCGACCGGUUCGGGCCGGCUCCCCGAAGCUGAGCGCUCAACGGCGGGAAGCGAUCGAUGCACUGAAAACGGGCGAGAAGCUCGCACACGUGAGCCGACGGUUCGAGAUUCCGCUGUCGACGCUGCACCGGGAAAAGCAACGGCUGUACAGCAAGGGCGCACUGCCGAGCAAUGUGUCGCUGAAGCUGCGCGGUAAGGAUGAGUCGGUGCGGAAGCGGUUGCAGGAGGCGGUUGGUGACUGUGUGGCGGGCAGGAUUUCACUGUCCGAGGCAGCCCGGACGUACGGCCUACCGAAGACGUCCAUCUGGCGCAGGGUACGAUCGCUACAGACCAGUGGCUGCAGUAGUAGCGGAAUGAAGGAGGAUAAUUCUGCAAGCGACGCAAUGGCAGAGCGACCGAAUCAAUCGGAAGAGGCUGAGGUGGAGGAGGAGGAGGAGGAGGAUGAUGAUGAUGCUAAGCUAACGAUGGGCGGCAUCCUGUUAAGGGGGAGUGAUACGCUUCAGGUUGGGGCAGGAUAUAUGUCCGAUGAGAAUAUUUCGGCGAGCGAUUUAGCGCAACUAAGGUAUCAGCUGACCUCGAACUAUGACGAUCACGUAUUGCAUGAUAGUUUAUAAUAAAAAGUAACGAAGAAACUAGUGAA